AUGUUGAAGACUUUCGAAAGUAGUACUAUGACCGAAGUACCCAGCAAAUCUCAUGCAGAAAGGUUCCACGACUCAACGACACCACCUAAAUCAUCGUCCGCGAACCCUCAGCCCACACAACAGCCCCUACCCCCUCGUCGUCAGCAAUGGCGUAGCUGCGACUCGUGUAGGCGCGGAAAGAGAGCUUGCGAUGCAGACAAGCGUGCAGAUCUUACAAAUCAAACGUGUUCGAACUGCCUCCGGAAGAACCAAGCCUGCACGUUCAACUGGCUGAAGACAGCUUCCGAGGGCCAUCAAGAGCGGGAUAGGAAACGGAGACGUUCAUCGUUACAAAGUGGUUACGAUCGUGCUGAAGAUUCAGCAUUCACUCGCUCUCUCAGCCACCAUUUUCGAGCCCCGUGCGAUCCUACCAUAAACGGACUUUACGAGAUACCAAAUCGAGUGACACAAUCGCUGUCGUCUCUGGAUCAAGACGACGAACAGGAAGAUCGCUUCGAUAUCACGCAGAACGAGAAUGUGGACAAUGGCUCGAGCGAACCGAUAUCUACUGAUAACCCAAGUGCGGCACGGUCGGAAAAGAGUGACGAACAAGAAUUCUUCGUCUCUUCCCGCGCCCGACGAGACUCAUUAGACGUGCAUCCUUAUGGUCGCAACCGAAAAAUUGACGCCAAUUCUCCAUUGAUGGACAUAUUAUUGGGGGAGAGGACAUCACGAGGUUUUGUAACCAAUGGCUUCUUGCGCAUCUACAACGACAGCAUGGAAAACUCUCUUUCUUGUUGGCUUACAGAACACAACUGUCCGUAUACUAUGACACGCUACAAGCCUUCCAUCCUGUCUGCAAGUAAAGCCUCACGGGAAUGGGGUGGAUCCUGGUCUAACAGGAUGUACAAUCGGGUCAUUCAGCUUGAUCGAGCCUAUGCAACCCUUCUUAUUCGGAAACUAACGCCUGAUGAGGAGCGCAUUGUCUCUAAAGCACUGAACAUGACCAUCAUGUCUUUCGCUUCACAAUGGGCUCAAGCAGGUGAGAGAGGGACUAAAGGUUGUCCGGCAGAUUCCCGUUUCACGGCGGAUGGAUUCCCUCAGUCAAAUGAGUUUGAGCGUUCUAUGCAAGAGACUCUCUGGCACCAAACGUCUGAACUGCUUCAUCGGGCUGCUAGUAUCGACUCUUUUCGCGUGGUCUUUGCCUUGAUCAUCUUCUCGUUGACUCAGCGGCCUCUGGAUACCACACGCCCAUUUCUACGUACCAACUCCAAGCUGGGGACGCAUUACGAGGAGUUCCAAGCUUUGGUCCAGGAUGACGACGCUCCAAUUUUCCUUGAGAUAGCUUUGCGACAGCUCCUAGCUCAACGAAGGAAACUGGAACGGAUAGAACAGCAGAUGGCAAGCCAAAGACGGGGCGAAACAGACCCGCUACGUCAGGAGGAUCGAGAUACAUUCAACUUGUUGUAUUGGUUAGGAGUUAUGUUCGAUACUCUAUCUGCUGCAAUCUCCCAACGCCCGGUGGUAGUCGACGAUGAGGACAGCGAGCUACCACGAUCAAACAACCACGAGUACGGAGAAUCCCUUGUGUGGGCCAGCCCUCCUAGCAUCUACAAUGACCGAUUCACAAUGCCAAAGAAUGAGACUAGUACCUUUGCUAAUGCCCAAACAUCACAACCCUCUGCUGAAGUCAACGAGGUUUGGGGUGAUCUGUUCACACGCUACGGGAGCUUGGAAGUGCACCCUGGAGCAGCGAGAUGGCCAUGUAGCUACAGGCUUGCCGCAUCGACACUCAGCUCUGCCGCACCAGUGAAAGUGCUCUUGUUUCGGCGUGUGGCACAUCUCCAAGCCCUAGUUUCACGUAAAGCUUUACCCGACAGGAUUGAGUCAGGAAUAAACGCCGCAUUCCAAGUAUACAACCACUGGCAUCGUAACUAUGCCCCUUUCUUCUCCGACUGCGUAAAGCAUCACGCCACUCUCCCUGCACGCGUGCAGUCCUGGUACAUUCUCUUAGCAGGACACUGGCAUCUUGGAACCUUUUUGCUUUCCGAUCUUCUCGCAACGAUCGACUCGACCAACCUCUCUUCUUCUAACGAAAGGAUCUGCCGGCAAGCUUCGAAUCUCGUCGCUACGUUGCGCCGACAAAAUGCUCUAGCAGUCGCCGACCUAAGUCUAGCAAGCAUACACAGCGUCAAUGACACAAAGGCAUCAAAAGACUUCCAUUUCGCGUUGAGCCAAGCUGCGCUAUUGACAGAGCCGUGGACAAUUGUCUUCGUACGCUCAUUAUGCAGAGCCGGCUACAUUCUGGUCCAAAUAGCAGCUUCAGAUCCAAAUGAGGAGGAGCGAUCCCAGGCGAGACGGAGAUGCGGCGAUUGCAUCGAGGGUCUCUGGUAUCUCGGUCGUAAAUCAGACAUGGCAUUUCUAGCCGCACGUUAUCUAUCGGAUAUGUUGGAUGAAGCAAUACGCGAUAUGAGUGCACGAACAGUCCCCGAGGAUGAAGGGAGUGAUAGUGUUCCAACAGUGUCAUCGCAUUAUGACACAAAUCCCAGCCCAGGGACCGAUGCAGCGACUGCUGGAUGUCAACAAUCGUUCAGUUCGAUUGGCCCUUUUCCACAAUGGUCAGUUGAUGACCUGAUGGGCGGUUGUCAGCUGGGUGGCAAGCUCAAUGAGUGUGACAUGCUGAAUUUCGAACCUCCGGUAAACGUCGAUAGUGCUGCACUCUGGGACUUUAGUCUCCAGUGCUAG